CUCGAUCUCCAACUCCCACUUUCUCACCAACCUCCGCCCCGGAUGGCUAACAUUCAAACCCCUGGGCAUCUCCGAAACGAAGUAUAGGAGGGUUUUUCCUUUACUCCCAACAUGAGCGCUAGCAGUGACGAUGGUAUGAGGUGUGCUCGGCUUAUCUUUGACACUCAGCCGCGCCGGCAACCUUCUGGAUCGACGACACCGUGUACCCUCACAUCACGGACACCGUCCUCCGCUAUGCAACGUGGAAGACUCUGUGCGCUUUCCGCCGCGCUUCCACCGCGCACCUCGCGCGCGUAGAUGCACUCCUGGGCAACCACAUCAUCCUGGCAUGCGACGUGCCCCCAAGAAUGAACAUCACCUCGCCGUACGGACGGGUGCCGGGCAUGCGAGACCGGCACUACUUGGACUGGUCGAAGCCGGGGAAGAAGCGGGCCAAGUGGGAACUCGAGCGCUCGAAGCAACUAAUGGAGAGCACGCGCGUCGUGGACAUCAUUGGCACCGGGGACAUGUCGCUCGUGCCCAUCUCGCGCUCCCUCAACAACGUGCGCGUGCUCCGCGUCCGCCCCGAUAACGACUACGUGCAAGUGUACAAGUGUCAUGUGACCGCUCCUAAGAUGGUUGUGUUCGGCAAUGUUGGCGCACCGCAGACUGUGCUGGGGGAUUGGCGCACAGUGGUGCCAGACAGCGUGCGUAAACUCAUCGUCAAUAUCCGCUACCACCCCGUGCAGCACGGCCAGGCGCAAUUCCCCGUCAUCGUGGAGCUGUUUCCGCCGUCACUCCCGGAGGUUGUGGUGCACAUCAUCGAACCAACCGGGAUCAGCGUCCUCCCGCCGUGGGACAGGGACCGGUUGCAGCGCCAGCGCUGGAACUCGAUAUCCUCGAGCCUCGCCGGCAUUCUGGUGCGCACGCGACGCCGUGAUUUUCGCAUCACAGUAGUCGGGUUCCGCAGUCUAUACCCCGGGUGGGUGGGACAGCACGUCGACAGCGUAUCGCAACUCGAGACACAGCUUCUGCACAGUGUGGAAGAGGAUUUACACCAGCGCAAUCCCGUGCAUGCCGCCGACACGGACACGGACAAUGCAGACAGUGCGGGGGUUGCAGAGGACAAAGACGCAUGGCCGUUUUCCAGCGUCGCGGCAGCAAUGCAGUGCAUCGUAUUCGCCACCCGCGAGGAGUACGCGAGCACGCUGGACCCACACGAGCACAUGCUUGAGACGAUCGAAAUGCUGGCGAGUGACACGCGCGAUCCGCCACUCAAAGUGCAGCGGGAUAUGUGGAGUUUUCCACUGUACUUGACUCCGCCUUCGGUCACGGCGCCGGUGGUAACCUAGUAGACAAGCCUGGAGUACUGCCGCGGGCGCUGCUGCCGCUCCUGCCCUCGAACAUUCGUUGUGGCUUGACGAGCCGCUCUGCCUCGCUGCAAGUACCUCCGCUGUGGGAGCACGAGGUUGAGCAUGUGUGACGCCUGCCUCCAGCCAAGCGCACAAUUGUCGGCCCGCACAUAGUAGACCCCGAGCGGUUAUGGCCUUUCGCACAACGGCGCUACUGGCGCGACGAGGACGGGGUUAUGAGUUGUCCGCUGGCAAAAGGUGGUCAAGGAGGCUAUCAGCGGCUCAUCUACUAAUCUGAUUAGUAGCCAUAGGGCCUAAAGCGCGGAGUGACUGUAGCUAGUGCGCAUCUGCUUGCAGAUAGACGAUAUGUUGCGACCUGCCGGCGCUUUGUCGUUGACACCUAUGCACCAUGCUGCAUCUA